AAUCAACCCCCUGGCGACAAUCACGGCGCGCAUAUCUUUUGGGAUUUGUGUGCCAUGGCGCCGUCACGACCGACGACAAUGCGUCGAGGGUUGUUACCCAUUGCUGCUGCUGCUGCUAAAUCAGCGGGCUUACUGCCCUAACACUAAUGGCUCUGGGCACAUAAAACCGGUGCGCACUCCUUGCUAGCUUUUAGUUGGUGCGGGCACGCGAAACGAUACCCAAACGAAACGAAACGAAACAGCCAGCGAUUUUGUAGUGAACGAAAAAUGCGCGUUGAAGUUAAGCGGCAAGUUGAAAGAAUAUAGCACACUUUCUAAGACAGAGAGAUUUGAGAUCAAAUUCUUGCGAUAUGGCCGCCUGCUACAAUCCAUAUGGAGGAGCUGCUGGAUCGCAAGCCUUCGAGUUCGAUGACGAGGACGAUGAUGCUUCAUUUGAUAGCGGCUAUGAGAAGAGUUUCGAAACCGAAGCGGCUAAUAAUGUAAGCUCGAGUUCAAGGCGUCGCUUAGAUUUUGAUGAAAGCUACAAUAGUUCGGCAAAUGCCACGCCUCCAGUUCCAGCGACAGCGUCGGGGCCGGGAGGUGGUGUCUAUGCUGGUAGUUGGGAAAUGGGAGCAAUGGGAAACUCACCGCCACCAGGAUUUGUGGGUCUACUGGAUACUAGCAGCAAUCACAGCACACGCAGUGGACGCACUCUUGUCGAGCAUCUGAACAGUCGUGCAGGAUCGAAUGGAUCGAAUGCAUUUGACCCACAACUGACAAGCACUCCAGUAAAGUCUCCCGAAGAUCCGGAUGUACCGCGUCAGAAGCGUAAAUAUGCCGUCGGCAAGAACCGAGUCACACGAUCGCGUAGUCCCACCCAGGUGGUGCGCAUCAAGAAGUUUCGUCGCAUGAAGGCCAACGAUCGGGAACGCAAUCGGAUGCAUACCCUAAACGAUGCCCUGGAGAAGUUGCGGGUGACACUCCCAUCGCUGCCCGAGGAGACGAAAUUGACCAAAAUUGAGAUACUGCGCUUUGCCCACAAUUAUAUAUUCGCGUUGGAGCAAGUUCUGGAAAGCGGUGGAACCAUCAAUUUGGAUCUAGAGAAGUUGCAGAAUUUCACAUUAAGUGGCGAAAGGAUAACCAAAGAGUUGUUUGAUGCGCUCUUUGUGAAUCCGCAACCGUUUCCCAUGUUUGGUUGCGGACGCAUGUUUCCCUAUCCAUCAGCUGUUGCAACAUCGCCGCAUCAUGGACAUGGAGCACAACAGCCGCCGAUGAUGCCGCCAUACCACCAGCACAAUUUGGACUAUCAACCACAGAUGAUGCAGACCCAACAGCAUCCACCUGGUUUCGACUUUGCCAGCAGCAUGCGAUUCUAUCAGCAACACCAGCAGGAUCACAUGCCACCCGCUGCUCAGACUUCGACAAUGACUCCAACUCCUACUCCGACUCAAACCCAUUUCUCGCAAGAGAAAUAUGAUCUGUUCCGUGGCAGUUUUGAGGCAGCUGCCAAUCCCAUGGAAACGGGCCUACACCAGCAGAGCAGUUUCUAUACACAGACGCCACCAUGGAAGGAUUAUCCCGAGGAGCAGCCACCACAACAUCAGCCAUCAUCAGCCACAUACAAAGCAUUUCCCCAUCAGGUAUAGCAUAGUUUUGAGGGCACUCAAAUUCGUUUUUGUUUUUUAGCUAUUCUAUGUGAUACGAGCAUAUAAUUGAGAGAAUUUCAAACGAAAAGGAAAUUGAUUUAUGGGAUACAUAUAUAGGGGAAAUCCCCCUAUCUAGUGCUUUAUUUUGUUUGUUUUUUUUUUUUUUUUCUGCUGGAAAGAAAGCAACUCCAAAAUGUAUUCCCUAAAUCAUUUUCCUUCUACUCGAACAAUCAGGCUAAAAAACAAACA